AUGGAUGCCUCGGUGCGCGCUCGUUUAGAAAGGCUGGCACGGAUAAUGGAUCCUUACCGUGACACACCGCGUCGCAUCCCUGCAACUGCUGUCAGGGACGAUGCACCGAGCCCCGACAGUCCACCUUCUCCAGGCGAAGGAGACGACGUGCGUUGGUGUUUUUGUGGGCACUGCUUGCCAAGCACGAAUGCAGAAGAAAAUGUGUGCUGCCGUGUGGUGCCGGAAGUUGUUGCCAAGGGCAACGACGACUGCAUCACGCGUCAUGCGGACUUUUCAAGCGUGUGCCUGAAUGCUGCGGUUCUCGAGGCGAUGUUUUACAUCCUGGCAGACUUCGACGUUCAGAUGGAUGCGGAGCUCCACAAGAAGUACCGCUUCGUCGCGUACCGGCUAUUCACGAAAUGGCUGUGGAAGCGACUUGGCCGCCACAACAGGGUCGUUCCGCCUGCAUGUGUUGUAGCCAGGAUCAGGCACGAGUAUCCCUCGGCGACAUACGUCGGCUUUCAACACCCCCAUUUGGACUAG